AUGGCCGACUUUUCACAGUACCACGCCUUGGGCCAGGGCAUCGCCGACCCCAACGAUCCCAACCGCACCAAUCCUCAUCCUUCCCGUCACCAGCCCUACUCGCAACAGCCUCCUGGUUACGGAUACGGAGCUACUGCUCCUGGCCCGUAUGCUUCUCAACCACAACAACCAUCACCGUCAUCUUCCGGUGCUGCCUACCCGUCUCCCCACGGUCAACCUGACCAAGCCUUCCGGGGAGGCUUCGCACAUGAUGCGCCUGCAUCUGUAUCCGCCGCACCUGAUCCCGGCCUCGCCUCGCAAAUGGGCGCCCUGAACUUGGCUGAUGGACAUGCCACGAUCCGCAAGAAGAAGAAAGACCGCCAUGCCUACCACACAGUCGAGCCGACGGGCUCCUCCCAGGCAUUCAAUGGCAUCGGACCUCCUGGCUCCAACCCGAACCAAUUCAUCCCUACCGCUGCUCCAGGAACCCCGAGUGCUCCAGCCUUCGGACCUCAAGCUCAGUUCGCCAGCCCCCAGGGCACUCCGCACAUGAUGAAUGCUGGCCAGUUCUCAACUCCAGGGUAUUUUGGCGCCGGCAACGGAAGUGCCGACGCUGCUGCCACAAUCUCGACGUCGGGCCCAUCCAAGGUCUCUCUCGAGGACAUGCCGAGUGUGCCUGUGUCUCGCGACUCGGUUCAACCAUACUUCCUAAAGAACGUCUAUCCUACCUUUGAACGUCAUGUGCCGCCCCCCGCGACCGUCUCCUUCGUCGCCUUCGACCAGGGCAACGCCUCCCCCAAAUUCGCCCGGUUGACCUUGAACAAUAUCCCCGCCACCUCGGACGGGUUGCACGCCACCGGUCUUCCCCUUGGCCUUCUCUUGCAGCCUCUGGCACCCUUGCAGCCGGGCGAGGCAGAGAUUCCUGUUCUCGAUUUUGGCGAUGCCGGCCCGCCACGAUGCCGUCGAUGCCGCGCCUACAUCAACCCCUUCAUGAUGUUCCGAUCCGGCGGCAACAAGUUUGUAUGCAACUUGUGCACGCACCCCAACGACACACCUCCCGAAUACUUCUGCGCCACGAGCCCGCAAGGUGUUCGUGUAGACCGAGACCAGCGACCCGAGUUACACCGAGGUACCGUCGAGUUUGUCGUGCCCAAGGAGUACUGGACCAGAGAACCAGUGGGCUUGCGCUGGCUGUUCCUCAUCGAUGUAACACAGGAAUCAUUCAACAAGGGCUUCUUGGAGACCUUUUGUGAUGGCAUCUUGGCUGCCAUUUACGGAGGAGAGGACCAGGAAAAGGAUGGGAAUGGCGAGCCAAAGAGACGGCUCCCUGAAGGCGCCAAGGUUGGAUUCGUCACCUAUGAUAAAGAUAUUCACUUUUACAACAUGCAUCCUGGUCUCGAUCAGCCUCAAAUGCUCAUCAUGCCGGAUCUGGAGGACCCCUUCCUUCCUCUGGGCGAGGGUCUCUUUGUUGAUCCGUACGAAUCCAAGUCAAUCAUCACUUCACUCUUGACACGAUUGCCUGAAAUGUUCUCCAAAGUGAAGAACCCGGAACCUGCACUUCUUGCUACCCUGAACGGAGCUCUGGCGGCGCUAGAGAAGACUGGUGGUAAAAUUGUUUGCUCCUGUUCUGCACUGCCCACCUGGGGUCCCGGCAGGCUUUUUAUGCGUGAUGACGGCAAUCAUCCCGGAGGAGAACUGGAUAAAAAGCUCCACACGACUGAGCAUCCUGCUUGGAAGAAGGUGGCAGAGAAGAUGGCGGCCUCUGGCAUCGGCGCCGAUUUUUUCCUCGCUGCUCCUUCUGGCGGCUACCUCGACAUUGCUACUAUCGGUCACGUUGCGGCUACUAGUGGCGGAGAGACGUUCUACUAUCCCAACUUCAUCGCCCCAAGAGACGGUCCCAAGUUGUCUGUCGAGAUCAGUCGUACAGUGGCAAGAGAGACGGGUUUCCAAGCACUGAUGAAGGUUCGAUGCUCCAACGGCCUGCAGGUAUCGGCAUAUCACGGCAACUUCGUCCAACAUACUUUUGGGGCCGAUCUGGAAAUAGGCGUCAUCGACUCGGACAAGGCCCUGGCAGUCUCGUUCAGCCACGAUGGCAAGCUGGAUUCCAAACUCGAUGCCCAUUUUCAAUCCGCCCUGCUGUACACGACCGCUUCGGGCCAGCGCAGAGUUCGCUGCUCCAACGUUAUUGCCAGCGUGAGCGAAACGUCUAAGGAAGCCGGCAUGCGGGAGCAAGGCAUCCGAGCGUGCAUGAAGUUUGUUGAUCAGGACGCAGUGAUUGCGCUCUUGGCCAAGGAAGCGGGCACGAAACUCGCCACCUCGUCAAGCAAUCUCAAGGACAUUCGAAACUGGCUUUCCGAACGGACCAUUGAUGUUAUGUCGUGCUAUAGGAAACACUCGGCACAACAACACCCGGCCGGCCAGUUGGUGAUGCCAGAGAGACUAAAGGAGUUCUGCAUGUACAUGCUAGGAUUGGUAAAAUGCAGAGCCUUCAAGGGCGGCAUUGAGAAUUCAGACAGGCGGGUCCAUGAAAUGCGCAUGCUCCGUUCCAUGGGCGCCUUGGAAAUCAGCUUGUAUCUCUACCCUCGCAUGAUCCCGCUCCACAACUUACAACCCGACGAAGGGUUCGCUGACCCGGAGACGGGCCACUUGAAAAUGCCCCCUUCAUUACGAGCGUCAUUUUCGCGCAUCGAGGCCGGCGGUGUGUAUCUUGUUGACAACGGUCAGCAAUGUCUCCUGUGGUUCCACUCUCAGACAUCACCAAACCUCGUCGCCGACCUGUUUGGCGAGGACAAGGACUCUCUGAAGAGCCUAGAUCCAUACACAUCAUCACUACCCGUCCUGGACACCCACCUGAACGCACAAGUUCGCAACAUUGUCGAGUUUCUCAAGACGGUGCGCGGCUCCAAAGGCCUAACCAUCCAGCUCGCUCGACAAGGAAUCGACGGUGCCGAGUUUGACUUUGCUCGUAUGCUGGUAGAGGACCGCAACAACGAGGCACAAAAUUAUGUGGACUGGUUGGUCCACGUGCACAGGGGAGUGCAACUCGAGCUGAGCGGUCAACUGGAAGAAUCGUGA